UUUGCUCCAUCUCCAGCAGCCACCGCUGCUCCUUUGAUGUUGUGGUACGCCGUGCGCAUGCGCCUCACAUUAGAAUUACUGCACUGGCCGGAAUAAGUUGGAUCUCUUCUCCUCUUCACCGAAACCUUAAAUCACAUCUAAAGCUAAAGGGAUGUGGAGAGUCCGGAAAAAGGGUUACUUUGGGAUUUGGUCAUUCCCCUUGAUAAUAGCCGUGGUCUGUGCUCAGAGUGUCAAUGACCCUAGCAAUAUGUCACUGGUAAAAGAGACCGUGGAUAAACUACUGAAAGGCUACGACAUUCGUCUGAGGCCAGAUUUUGGAGGUCCCCCUGUGGCUGUAGGCAUGAAUAUAGACAUUGCCAGCAUUGACAUGGUGUCAGAAGUCAAUAUGGACUAUACCUUGACAAUGUACUUUCAGCAAGCCUGGAGAGAUAAAAGACUGUCGUAUAAUGUAAUACCUUUAAAUCUCACAUUGGACAAUAGAGUAGCUGAUCAACUUUGGGUUCCCGACACCUACUUCCUGAACGACAAGAAGUCAUUUGUGCAUGGAGUGACUGUCAAGAAUAGGAUGAUCCGACUUCAUCCCGAUGGGACAGUCCUUUAUGGUUUAAGAAUUACGACAACUGCUGCUUGCAUGAUGGAUCUGAGAAGAUACCCACUUGAUGAACAAAACUGUACCCUGGAGAUUGAAAGUUAUGGUUACACUACAGAUGACAUUGAAUUUUAUUGGCGAGGGGAUGAUAAUGCUGUGACUGGGGUGACCAAGAUUGAAUUGCCACAGUUCUCCAUUGUAGAUUACAAACUUAUCACCAAGAAGGUUGUAUUCUCUACAGGUUCUUACCCCAGAUUGUCUCUCAGCUUCAAGCUUAAGAGAAACAUCGGUUACUUCAUUCUGCAGACCUAUAUGCCUUCCAUUUUAAUUACCAUCCUCUCGUGGGUUUCAUUUUGGAUUAACUAUGACGCUUCAGCAGCAAGAGUUGCUUUAGGAAUCACAACUGUACUUACCAUGACAACCAUCAACACCCAUCUUCGAGAAACUCUCCCGAAAAUUCCUUAUGUGAAAGCAAUUGAUAUGUACCUGAUGGGAUGCUUUGUUUUUGUUUUCAUGGCACUUUUGGAAUAUGCUCUGGUCAACUACAUCUUCUUUGGCAGGGGACCACAACGUCAAAAGAAAGCAGCAGAGAAAGCUGCCACUGCCAACAAUGAGAAAUUGCGAAUGGAUGUCAAUAAGAUUUUUUAUAAAGAUAUUAAACAAAAUGGGACCCAAUACCGAUCCUUGUGGGACCCUACUGGAAACCUCUCCCCAACUAGACGGACUACCAAUUACGAUUACUCUCUGUAUACGAUGGAUCCCCAUGAAAAUAUCUUGUUGAGCACGCUCGAGAUCAAAAAUGAAAUGGCCACCUCCGAGGCCGUGAUGGGACUCGGGGAUCCGAGGAGCACCAUGUUGUCCUACGACACAUCAAGUAUCCAGUACCGAAAGCCUGGCUUGCCCCGGCACAGCUUUGGCCGGAAUGCCCUGGAGCGACACGUGGCACAGAAGAAAAGCCGGCUACGGAGACGUGCCUCCCAGCUGAAAAUCACUAUCCCUGACUUGACUGAUGUAAAUGCCAUAGAUCGAUGGUCCCGCAUAUUCUUUCCCGUUGUUUUUUCCUUCUUCAAUAUUGUCUAUUGGCUUUACUAUGUGAACUAAAUCCUGGAGUCACACAGAAAGCAAGGACUGGAUUGCUCUUCAAAUCGGUUGUACAGCCAAAAGUGGGACUUAGAAAAAAUUAUAUUCAGGACAAAAAUGAUUUUAAAACACCUUAGUUGCUGGCCCACUCUACGGUCUAUUUUAUACCAUUUGGGUUACUCGAGCUACACAGUAUACACUUCCUUAAAUUACAAUAUGUGCAAUUUCCCAGUAAAAUGACAAGUGCAUUUGAUAUUCAGAGGCAAAAUUAGGUUCUGACAACCAAUUUAGUUUGAUCUUCUUAAAACGUGCUCACCCUGCGUGAAAGGGAAUAAUAUGGGAGACAGUCUUCUGGAGUUUUCUAGCAUUUUGAGUCAAUUUCUUAUGAAACGGCGCAUCCGGUCAACACACAUCUUAUUUCCAAAGGAAGAAAAUAUGUUAAGAUGCUAUCAUGCUUAUGAAACAUAUACAUGGUACAUUUAAAAUGUGGGAACCUGAAAUUCGUCAGUGCCUAUCAUCUGCUGCAGUGAUGAUAUCGAUGGUCCAGUGAUUCCUGUCCUUUUGUGGUUCUUCCUGAGGCAGAACUAAAUGCAUUUUGCAUGAAAUGCUCCUGUCACUAAUAGGAAUAAGAGAAAAGAAAGCAACCAAUAUUAGCCUUUUCUUUUAUUGGCAAAUGUUUUGCACAGCAUUGUAACUAUUUUACCCCAUACCAGGGUAUACAGGAAAUUGUGGAGCUUCAGUUUUGAGGGGGAUCUGCAUUGUUGAGAUAACUGUCCAGGCUAUAUUGCUAAUGAGAAGCUAUAUAGAUGUCUGAGAGUCUUCGCCCUGUUCUUUCAGGUAGAACAGGGAUUGACCUAAAAGAACAGAGAGGGAAAUCCAAAAAAGCUAUUGUAGUAGAUAAAAUUAUUCGUAUCUCUGAUAGGGCCUGUUUAGCAUCAGGCCUUUAUAUAUUGGAUGCUGUGUAGAAUGGCAAUGUGAAUGGGAUUUGCUUUCAGGUUUGAAGGUUUUGAAUAGUAACCCUGAGAUCAGAGAGCUGACACAAGCAAUCUGUAAUUCCAGUAGAAUUAUGGGAUUUAUUUGGCUCCUAUGAUAUUUGUUCAAGAAUUCCGUUUUGGAAUGUCACCAGUGUCAAAUAUUGCAGCAGAAAAGUUUACAAACUGCUUAUUUUUCUUAGGCAAUAGUAGCCAUGCUGCAUAUUUACUGAAUAUGUUUAUUUACUGCAUUUAAUAGGGGGUUUUCAGAGGGAAGGGUUUUUUUCAUUGCUUUAAGAGAUUAACUAUUCUCUUCAGUCUUUUCUGCUUCUGAAGGCCUGAUUACCUUCCUAGAACACAAAGUAAAGCAUUUCCUUCAUAAAUUGGCUAUUUUUAAAUUCAGCAAGUUGUUCUGCCAUAUAUUUAAUUAAAUUCUAAUUCACCUUUAGAACACCGUUCCUGUGAAGCAUAUGAAGAUUUUUCUCUACAUUCUCUACGUAUAGAUUCUCUACAUAUAGAGAAUAAGAUAUUAAUGAAAAAAGGCAACACUCAUGGUGUGUGGGGGGAAAACUGUCUGUUCAAGGGAAAAUGAAAAUUGGCAAAGGAUAACAGCAAAAUAAUACUCAUAUGACGCAUUUCAUGGGACUUUCUAUUCCAUCACUGAGGAGAAAAUAGUUGCCAGCCACGACCUCGUUGCAUUGUAAUGAUUCUACCUCUAAAUUUCAUAACUGUGUUUGAAACACGGGCUGUUUCACCUAGGGGACCUCAUUUUGUCAUUUAAUAUAGAACAAAUGUAAGCAACAACGUUUUCCUUUAAACUUGAUUUUGAAAUGCUUUCUUUGAGUGAUUUCAAAUAUUUCUCUUUAUUUCUACAAAGUAGCAUUUCAGUUUUACAAAAAGCAAAGAAAACAAAACCAUUUAGAAGAAGAGAGACAGUAUGCCAGUGCCUGCCUGUGUUUAUUUUGCAUUGAUUCUCUUUCAUUUUUCAUUUCCUGAAGCUUCAGAAUGGAAUGUGAUUUGUGAUGGAGCACUAUAUCCACAAUUCUGGUCAGGAUUUUUUUUUCUUGGUAACCUGGGAGCAGUAGUGGUUCUUCAUUCUCACAUCAAAGUUUUGAAUGUGAGCAAUAAGUAGGGAAAAUUUGGGUCCAUGCCUGAGGAGACAGAGUUUUUAUUUGUGGAUAGUGCAUGCAGACUCACUUUUAUACCUCCAAGAAAAAUCCAUUUGAAGGCUAUUUUUUUCAGAGCUACCAUUUCCAGAUGAAGAACGUUCUUGGAAUUCUCCAUGAUAUCUUAUCCUUAAGCAAUUUCUUCUCGCAAAUAACCUUUCCUUUACCUGUGGCAUGGAUGUCAAAUUUGAAUAAGUAAGGUGGAAUGCAUCCUCAUAUUCCAAUCCCAUGGCUCAGAAGAACAGAAAUGUACUGAAUUCUAACGAGGUGAUUCUAGAUCCCGGAACUCUGAAGUUGGAUUGUUUUCUUAUACCAGCUUACAAGCCAUACCUAAUCCUUGAUAUUGCCGUUCUGUAGGUGCAAUAAUCAAAUGCCUGAUGCCAGGUGAGAUGAUGGGAGGGAUCGGGAAACAAGUUAGGUGAGAUAUAUGGGUCCUAUGUAUGGGUCAUCACCCUUUUGCUCAUAGAGGAGUAAAACCAUUGGGAAAGAGAAAAAUCAAGAGUCAGUAAGAGAAAACCUGAAGCCCGAGUAAGGUUCAAUGGCAUGUUAAUGCCUCACCUGAGAGCAAACUAGCCCUCCUGCCCAGAGUUGGUAGGUUUGAGCUUUAUCUUGAACUGCUUUUUUCAGUUUGACUGAAUAGAAAUGCAACAAUUCAAAUGUGCAUUUAUCCUGGACCUAAACAAAUAAUCGAUUGCAAAGCUAUUCAUGCUUAUUUCUUAAGAUUAAGUUUGAUGACUUGCAAAAAGUUCUGUCCGAGGUAAUAAUGAUAAGUUACUGUCGGUACUAUUAGUAUAUAUUUUGUUUUAACUAUACAAAAGCCAAACAGCCAGCAAUUAAGGUGUUUUUCAUCUUUGUGAAAUUCAUGGGCAAAUUCUGACUAUAAUGGCACAGUUUUAAUGAAAUCUAUGAUCUCAAUCUGUAAAUAAACAUUGUAUAUGACCGCUAGUAAGUAUGAUAUGCAUUUUCAGAAUUGAAAAUUCAUGCCACAUUUCUGUAUUCACAUAAGGAAUGUUAUGUUUCUACUGCAGUUUAAUAACUGAGAAAAGACUCCAGCGGUGUCAUUUAGACCAUUUUCUUCUCAUUCCUUUAAAAGUAGCUCUAAGUGAAAAAUGUGUUUAGGAACAUUUCCAAGAGAUUUAACAUCCUAGUACAAAGAACACAAAAUCUGUCAGGUACAAAAGCACAAUGAAUGGAGAGUGUGAGGGUGAAUCUAUAACUGGGAAAUGAAUCCUCUUUAUUUUAGGCCAAAUUUGCAUUGAAAUAUAAAUUUCUAUAUCUACCUGGGUUCCAGUCCUUUAAUUUGCAGUACUAAACUGAAAAGUAAACUGAAAAUCUAAACAACUUAUCCAUGUGCAUAUGUGUGUGUAGAUGUAUCAAUAUAGAUGUAUACACACAUACUACAUAUGUUGAAUAGGAAAAGGAAUAAGCUAAUAAAUUUUGUUUCUCUCAUUUAAACAGUGUAUGAUAUUUUUACUUUGGAAAAAGCAAAUCAAUAUAUUAAAAUAACUAACUAUACAGGGUAACUGGGCAUUUCUAUAUCAGCAAACCAGUGCAUACAGUUCUUUAAAAAAAACAUUGCACAGUCUGACACUAUGAUAGUACUGUACCUCUUAGCGUCUGAAAUUAGAUUAGUCCUCUCAUUGCUUACCUAUUUUUUCCCAUUUUAUUUUAAAACAGAUUGUCCACUAGUAAUUAAGAAAAAAAAAACAGUCUUAAGGAUACCAUUUUGCUGUAUGUAUAUGGAACAUAUAAUGUGAGCAAUCAUAAUUUCAGCUGAGCGUGUAAAUAUUAUCGAAUUUCUUAAACAUUUUUAACUUCUAAUUUGUAUUUUAUGGUAAGGCAAAAUGCUGAUUCUCUUUAUGGUUUAGGUCAAUGUGUCCUAAAAUCAUGUAAAUAAUUCAAUAAGCUGUAAAUGAGCGGUCAGUAGAUACAGUAAUUGUUUAGUGAUUUUCUUUUUACUAAGUACAAUAAUUGCUGUGCUCUAGCAGAGAAAUUUAAACACCCUUUUGCAUAAAUGGUUUGGAGUUCCAGAUAAUAGAGUUUCAAUUUGUUAUAAAAAUCCAUGGGAAAUGCCGUAGUGUUACAAUACUCCGUUAAACGGCUAAGAUAUUAAAGCCACAUCAGCUUGCAGGAAACAAGAAGGAGUCUUUGGUCUGGACCUUCAAACUCUUGUGUGGCAGAGAGUUCGUGAAACAGGAUUUUAAUUCAACACUUGCUGAUACUCAGAGAAACCUAGGCUUGUAUUGAUUUCACUAAAGAAAAAGAUUGUUUUUCAUGCCUGCCACAGAAAUCAGCUAUAAACAGUAUGUACUAGUAGAUUUAAAGCAUUUUUAAAGGAUGACACUUUAUUACUGUCCUUAGAUUAUAUAGUCCCCCCAAAGCCAAAGACAUCAGAAUUGUUAAAAAGGGAAAACUAACGAGUCACUGCUUAACACCAAAGGUAAAGCUUUUUAAAAUGCACUAGGAACUUUGUCUCAAAUUUUAGGAGCAAAUGGAAUGCCAAUCAAAAUACUGCCCUAUUCUACUUUGUAAAAAAAAAAUAGGAAAACUUUUAAAUAUCGAUUAGCGAUUGAUAAAUUGAAAUAGAUCAACUGCAGAUAUAUGCAAAAUUGUAAUCGUUUUUUCAUAACAUAAAGUUUUUCAUAAUUUUUUCAUGACAAAAAGUGAAUAUGAUGGGAAACAUUUAUAUUUCUGUUUUUCCCCCAAAUAAAUUGUUGUUUUGCUCUCAUGUGGUCAUCUAUUCUGAUUUAAUAUUCAUCUCUCUAUGUUUGCACUGUUGUUGGCAUUAACAGUUUCAUCUGCUUGUAUUUUUUAAGGUUAGUUCAAUGGGUUGAGUUAAAAUGUGGCCUUUUUGAUUAAUUCUACAAAGCUACAUCUGAUUUGAAUGAUUUAAUCUUUUUUUUUCUUUGCAUGGGUGUUUAAAUGGUUCUGUUAGUACUGUCUCUGCACAGUUCUGAUUUGUCUCUUUUUUACUUGGUACUAUUUACUUCACAAUGUAGUAAUCAUCAGCCUUACUAAUUACCUUGUAGCCUUUCUUAUAUGCACAUAAUGCACAUUUUCCAAUGGCUAGAAAAUGCAAAAUACUAGUGGAUAUCAUUGCAUCAGAUUUUCAUGUAUUUCUCAAAAGGACUGCUAACCUCUGGGAUAAAUGAGGGAGUAAAAAUGAUGAUUGUAAAUGAGUAGCACAUAAGAGAUAUUUUCUUGAAUUGAAACUUAUUGCAGCCAGUUUCCGCAUGUAAAUAUAUAAUAAUGUUGGCUAGUGUGUAAUUCUUGAUCUAAAAAACAUGAAUAAAGAACCAUAAAAUAA